AUGAUUACAGCACGCCAACUCUUCCGUAUCGUCUACGGCUCCAUCUACCUUGUUCUCUAUGUUAUUCUUCUUGCUUUACUACUCAUCACCCCCGCCGACGCCAUUAUUCGAUCGUUACAAAACCGCCAGACUUACAACAUAUGGAUUCUUGUAAUCUUUUACGUCGUCACCGUCCUCAUCGUCACCUUCAUCUACCUCAUGCGACUUUACGUCAACAAGACCGUCCUCGCCGCGAUCCCGAAAUCCACCCUACCGAUCAAGCCUGGUGAUGUGAAUAGGGCCGUACAUGCAAUCAUAGAAGCUGGCCUGGAGCGCAGCGCCGCCAUCGCAUUCGAGGCACGCCCGAGUGCCGACCCGAACAAGAAGGAGGGUCAGCCAGGAGAGAGGGUCAUCCCUCCCGCGUCAGAAGGCCUGGGCAUAUCGCGGACUCUGCAGAGCAGGAUCUGGGACGGUAUCGAGCACCAUGGCUGGUCAUCCCCUAACCUGGCCGACUUGCCCAACCUGCAGUACUCGACCGUUCUCUCCGAGCUUCCAAACUUAAUAGAGGCCAAGGCUCUCACCCUCGCGCCGCCAGACCCGACGUCGCAGUCCGAUCCCCCGGUGCUGGACCCGGAGGCAGUCGCUUUACUCCAAAAACCUUCAUAUCUCAGUCUUCGGGGCUACAUCGAGCAGCUGACCUCGCUGGGCGUCCUGAAUAUCGAUGACACGGCUGCUAGCUUUCUGGAACGAUACGAAUACGCCCGCUUCUCCACCCGACCAAUUUCGAAUGCGAAAUUCCGCGAACUGAUGCAUCUGUUCGCGGAGAUGCUUCGCUCUAUGCAGACCCUGGAUCUCGAAGCCUUGGAUGCAGAGCAAGAGCUCCAGUCGUACACCGAGUCUUUCGUUGGUCAAAGCAACAGGGAUGGCGCCAUGACCCCCAGAAGCCAACGCUCCAAAGCUGCUACUGUCAGCUCGCAGAGCUCAGUCAGGCGGCCCAUGCGGAGCUCCUCCUGGAACCUUUACCGGACUGCACCAAACACCCCUCACAGCACAGCGCGGGUCAUCUCUCGCAAGUCCAGCAGCAGCAAUAGUUUUGCCCAGUCUCGGAAUCCGUACCACAUGGACGACUCUCGCUCACCUAGCCCCAGUAUUCGCUCUGGGAGCUCAGCAUCGGUGAUUCGCCUCUCCACGAACGAAGACAACCAGGAUGGGCCCUACGUCCUGAACCUGAGUGGCACAGCGGAGAGUCUAAGUCCAGCCCAGAGAUAA